AUGCAUGAUCUACGAAUACAAAUUUUAGUCAUCAAUGUCAAGGAUAGUUUGGGAACAUUACAGAGCGGACAUCUACAGCAAUCACAGGGUAUUUCAUGCACAAACAAUCCCAAUUUGGGCGGCUCAUCGCCUUUAGUUAUGCCAGUUUUUCCACUACGUUCACAAACUGGUCACGGUUCACAAUAUUCACCUUAUUCACCUUCAAGGUUUCAGAUAGAUAAAAGAUUUCAGCAUAGGUGCUCAUGGAAAUGUUUUAGUAUUGCCUUAAUAUUGUUAAGUAUUGUUCUCGCAACAAUGGUAGCCUAUUUCGCAACAGUGAGCUCGAUGAAACCAAAUAUUGAUCCAUCAAAUUGUAUUCUAGUCCAGGAUGUAAAAUCAUCACAAUCACUAGCGAAUCCACAAAAUCAUCAUGACGGUACAAUGAAAAGUUUAAAUUCAAAUGGAUUCCGUUCGACGUAUCCAACAGAGGAGACACUUCAAUUGAGCACAAUCGAUCACACGACAUCGUAUCAGAAUCAUCAAACUUAUCAAGAUCAACAGCUACAAUCGCCGCUUGUACAACCACAAAUUAUGGAAUUAAAAGAUUUUAAUGUACUUCAUCAGACCAUCAUACCGCCAUAUCAAUUUUGGAAUGUUGAGUUUCGUAAUAAACAUCCGGCUUUUGUACAUUUCAACUUAACAAUGCCGUGGGGUGCAAAUUUUGCUGUUUAUGGUCGACGCAAUGUCCUUCCAAGUAUAACACAAUAUGAUUUUGUAGAAUUUAUUAAAGGUGGACGAUUGGAUCAAAAUAGAAUACGUAGACGUCGUGACAUUAUGGAUGAGAUUAUGAUACGUUAUGAUAAGACAUAUGAUAUGCUUGCUGAUAGUCGUGAUGUGAAGCCAAAAGACAAUGAUGACACGAGUAUUGAUGGCUUGAAGAGGGUCAAACCAAAGACAUUCGACAUGUCAUCGAUUGAUGAUAAUUCAUUGACACCACACAAUGACUUUCAUAUGUCAUCAUACCUACAUUUGUCACCGAAUGAGCAGCACAUAAUAUCCAAACGUUCACCAGAUGGUAAUAAAAUCAAUAUGGACACAAUGAUGGUUAAUGUUACAGUUAUUCAGUAUCUUGAUAUUGGUCGAUGGUUCUUGGCGAUCUAUAAUGAUGAACUUGUGGCUCAUUCUAUUCAAUUAAUUGUCGCAGAAGCUGAAGGCGUUAGCAACAGUUGUCCAAAUGACUGUAGUGGACAUGGAUCAUGUUAUUUGGGUAAAUGUGAUUGUAUUGAUGGAUAUCAAGGUGUUGAUUGCUCGAAAAGUGUCUGUCCGGUUUUAUGUUCAGCACAUGGACAUUAUGGCGGUGGAGUUUGUCAUUGUGAAGAUGGCUGGAAAGGAUCAGAAUGUGAUAUACCAGUAAAUGAGUGUGAGAUGCCAACAUGCUCAAGUCAUGGACGUUGUAUUGAAGGCGAAUGUCAUUGUGAUCGUGGCUGGAAAGGACCAUUCUGUGAUCAAGCUGACUGUCAAGAUCCAACAUGUUCGGGACAUGGAAGUUGUGUUUCUGGUCAAUGUUUCUGUAAGGCUGGAUGGCAAGGUAAUGAUUGUGCCACAAGAGAUCAACAAGUCUACAAAUGUCUACCAAGCUGCUCCGAUCAUGGUCAUUAUGAUCUAGAAGCUGCUUCAUGUGUCUGUGAUCGUCAUUGGACUGGACAUGACUGCUCACAAGCCGUCUGUAGUUUAGAUUGUGGACCAAAUGGAAUUUGUGAAUCGUCACGAUGUCGUUGCAAUCCUGGCUGGACGGGUGCAUUAUGUGAGCAAUUAACAUGCGACUCACGAUGCACAGCACAUGGACAAUGUAAAAAUGGAACUUGUGUAUGCUCACAAGGAUGGAAUGGAAAAUAUUGUACAUUACCUGGAUGCGAAAAUGGAUGCUCACGUCACGGUCAAUGUACAUUAGAAGAUGGCGAAUACCGUUGCGAUUGUAUAGAAGGAUGGGCCGGGUCUGAUUGUUCCACACCACUGGAGAUGAACUGUAAUGAUGGCAUUGAUAAUGAUAAGGACGGCAUGACUGAUUGUUCAGAUAGCGAGUGCUGCCAACAUCCGGUAUGUGGAGAUCACAUUAUGUGCCUAUCAUCGAACGAUCCCGUUGAUGUUUUACUCCGUAAACAACCGCCAUCUGUGACUGCAUCGUUCUAUCAGCGUGUCAAAUUCUUAAUUGAAGAAAACAGUGUGCAAUCGUAUGCACAUAAGGAUGAAUAUGGAGAAAGUCGCGUGUCAGUGAUAAGAGGACAAGUUGUGACACCACAAGGACUCGGUAUCAUCGGUAUAAGAGUGUCAGUCGAUAAGGAUGCACGAUUUGGUUUUACACUAACUAGAGCUGGUGGAUGGUUUGACAUUUUGGUUAACGGAGGUGGCGCAAUCACAUUACAAUUUCAACGCGCACCAUUCCGACCUUUAACACGUACCGUGUUUGUUCCAUGGAAUCAAAUCAAUGUUCUGCCACCUGUCCAAAUGAAGCUUGUUGAUGAGGCAGAGUCAAAGAUGCCAAAAGUUAAGCCAAACAUUGCUUACAGCUUCCUUAAUUCCUUACAAUAUCGUUUUGAUUCUAAUUCAAAUGACACUACUGUCAUUUGUCCUGAUCAUAAUCAUGAAUUAUUACGGCCAUUAUUGACGAGUACGUGGAUGCCAAAUGCUAUCGGUUCUAUGGCUGGACGUUCAGCUAUAUUUGCUGAAAAUCAGAUCCUUCAAGAGUCCAUCCAAAUUCCCGGCUCAAGUGUCUACCUGUCAUAUCAAUCGUCAAAAAUGUCUGGCUACCUUUCAAUCGUUCGCAUGCAAUUAACUGGUCCAGAAAUCCCAAAAACUCUUACACAUGUUCACGUCGGAGUUGAAAUUGAGGGUUCAUUGCAUGUCAAAACAUAUGAAGCUGAUCCAAAUAUUGAGCAUACAUUCGCAUGGAAUAAACGUAAUGUUUACAAGCAAAAAGUUUAUGGUGCAGCAAUAGCAAGAAUUUCAAUUGGUUAUGAGCAUUCGACAUGCGAUGAUGUUAUAUGGGAGACACAAACUGCAAAAUUGCAGGGCUUUGAUGUUGAUAUAUCGGAUAUUGGUGGAUGGGGAUUGAAUAUUCAUCAUCAAUACAAUUUCCAUGAGGGAAUUCUGCAAAAAGGCGAUGGAUCAACGUUACAUUUAAAAGAAUAUCCACGAGUUGUACGUGCAGUCAUGGGAACAGGACAACAAAGGUCACUCAACUGUAAAGACAAGUGUAAUGGAGUAGCUAAAGCUAGCAAAUUAUUGACACCAGUUGCAUUAGCAUCGGGACCCGACGGAAGUUUAUAUGUUGGAGAUUUCAAUUUAAUUAGGAAAAUCUCACCGGAAGGAAAUGUCAACACGAUUGUACAGCUUACCACAACAAAAGUCUCAUACCAAUAUUAUUUGAGUGUAUCGCCGGCUGAUGGACACCUUUAUAUAUCCGAUCCAGAAAAGCAUCAAGUAUUAAAGGUUCUCACACUUGUCAAUGUCACAGAUCCAACAAAUAAUCUUGAAGCUGUUGUGGGUAGUGGACAGAGAUGUAUACCUGGUGAUGAACUAAACUGCGGUGAUGGUGGACAAGCAAAAGUUGCAAAACUUUCACAUCCAAAAGGCAUCACAAUAUCUGCAGACCGUACAAUGUACAUUGCUGAUGGAACGAAUAUUCGUGCUGUUGAUAAUCAAGGAGUCAUUCACACUUUAGUUGGGCAUCAUGGUCAUCACAAUCAUUGGAGUCCGAUUCCAUGCAAAGGAGCACUUUUGGCUAGUCAAGUUCAAUUACAAUGGCCAACUGGUUUAGCACUUAAUCCAUUAGAUGGAAGUCUACACUUUAUCGAUGAUCGUCUAGUCAUGAAAUUGACAGCUGACAUGAAGAUAAAAGUUGUUGCUGGAGCACCAUUACAUUGUACGAAAAAUUCAAAGAAUGAGACAAUGAACGAAGAUGCUGUAUUAGGUACAGUUUUGGCUAUGGCAUUUGCACCAUCAGGUGAUUUAUUUGUUGCCGAUAGCGACUCGAGACGUGUAAAUUUGAUUCGGGUCGUUGACAGUGCUGGUAAUAUGAAAGUAUUUGCUGGACGACAGGAUGGAGGCUCCCAGGGCUGCGAUUGUUCAGGUCAAAACUCAACAGUCCCAACGUUAUUUAAUAAUGGUCGUUACACAACAUCAACCCAAGCACCAGUCGUUAUGGUUGCGGCAAUGACAGGAUGUGUAUGUACACCAACAAAAAUAAAUAUUGAUGAAACCGUAUCGUCAACAAAUACCCGAUUCUCAGCCAUCUCAGCACUUGCUGUAACGCAAGAUAAUGUCCUCAAUGUUGCCGAUCAAGGAAGUCUUCAAAUUUUAUCACUUCAACAUUAUUUGCCAUCACAUGACAAAAACAGUGAAUAUCAGAUUCCAUAUCCACCAAGUACAGAAAUUUACAUUUUCAAUCGUUAUGGCCAACAUGUGACGACGAAGGAUAUGUCAACGGGAAAAACUCGCUAUUCAUUUUUAUAUUCGAAAAAUACAAGCUUUGGAAAGCUAUCGACAGUCACCGACAGUACAGGAAAUAAAAUUCAAUUUCUUCGUGAUUAUAGUAAUCUCGUUAGUUCCAUCGAGAAUACACAAGAUCAUAAAUCGGAAUUGAAAUUUUCACCAAACGGUUUCCUCACGAAAAUUACCGAGAAAGGAAAAUUCGAGAUUGUAUUCGAUUAUGAUGAGAAUGGAUUAAUGCUGAGCCGAUCUGGCGACGGUGAGACAUUCAUUUAUCAGUAUAACGAUAAUGGACGUAUUAUGAAUGCAAUUCUACCAACUGGUGAAAUGUUGAAAUUCUCAUCAAAAUUAAAUCCCGAUUAUGGACUUCAAAUCGAUGUGCAGUCAUUAAUUCCAUCAAGAUUCUCUCAAUUGUCAGCAAAUGUGACGAGUUUGAAAUUGAAUGGUGGAAUUAAAAUGUUUGCAAUGGAGCAGGGCGGAGAGACAAUGAAGGCAGUCAUUAACACAAAUAACAAUACACUUCAGGUACAACAUGCUAAUCGAAUUGUCAUCGAAUCAGCAGCAAUUACUCGACAUCCAAUGCUUGAAAAAUCCUCACUGAAUGUUGAGGCUGAAAUGCUUCCAAUGUGGUCACAUCAGACUGUUCAAAUGGGUGAUUCAUUGCUUAACAGUGUAUACACGACAUAUAGUCUCAUUGGCGGUGACCCACGUAAUCCACAUCAAAUAUUAAGCAAGGAAACAUGGGUGAAUAGCACAAGAACAUUAGGCAAACGAUACGAACAAUUUUCAAAUAAGGAAACAUUCUAUGAUAAAGAUCGUCAGGAUAUACUUACAGUUACUUAUGAUAAUAAUGGACUGCCGUUGACAUUCAAGCCUUAUAAUGGAUUUCCACUUAAUAUCACUUACGAUAGAUUCUCAAGAGUUGAAGGCUGGUCUUGGGGGCCAUCAGAACUUAAAUAUUCAUAUGAGAAGCAUGGAUUGUUGUAUGAAGUUACAUCACAGCAAGACGGAACUGUCAGUUAUGUCUAUAAUGACUUCAACCUCAUUUCCGCAAUUGUUCUUUGUACGCAACGGAAAUUCACACUAAGUUAUGACGCUGAUGGUGGUCUAAGGUCAAUUCAAUUACCGACUGGAACAAAACACGUGUUUGACUUACAAAGGUCGAUUGGAUUUAUUCGGUUCACAUACAUGCCACCUGGCAGUACUAAGCCAUACCUUCAACAUUUCUCAUAUUCUGGUGCAUUACUUCAGACAAUUUAUCCAGGCGAUGGUGCCAGAAUUGUCUAUAGAUACAAUGCACAAGGACUAUUAGCAGAAAUUGUUCAUGGCGAAGGAAAGAGUGAAUUUACGUACAAUAAGGAAAGUGGAAUGCCAAACACAAUUGCACAUACUGAACGCGAUCUUGAGUAUCGAUGGGAUUUCGAGUAUAAUGGAGCAUUAAUGACAGAGGAAAGAAUCGAUUUCAAUGCAAAGACUGGAUUAAGUAAUGCCAAAUUUACGUAUGAAUAUGACUCAAAUUUCCGUCUUGUCUCAGCACAAGGACGCAUUGGUGGACAAAAUCUGCCUGGCAUCACAUACACAUAUAGCAUAAAGACAGGCAAUUUGGAGCAAUUUUCCCAAUUCAAAAUUACACAUCCAAAGGCUAACAUGACAAACAUUUAUGAUGGAACAGCAACAUUCACAAGGACUGUCGAUGGACGUUAUCUUGAAACGGAAAGAACUGUUUACAUUCAUCGCAUGCAGGUGUUCAAAAUGGAAUUCAUGCAUGAUAUUCAUGGACGAAUUGUACAAACGAAAACAUUCACUAGAAAUGUAGCAAUUACGAAUUUCUCAAAUAUUAAGAACUAUACUUAUGAUUGUGAUGGUCAGUUGAUUGGUGUUGAUGCACAAGAGCCAUGGGGCUUCCGAUAUGAUGAUAAUGGAAAUAUGUUGGCAUUGACAUAUCGAGGAAAUAAUAUUCCUAUGGAAUAUAAUUCUAUGGACAGAAUUAUUAAGUUUGCUGAAGGUCAAUACAAAUAUGAUGUUCGUGGUUAUACAAUUCAGAAUGCACGUGAAGAGAAGUUCCAUUACAGUACACAAGGACUACUCGUUCGCGCUACAAAGAAAGGAAGAUUUGAUGUCCGUUACUUUUAUGAUCAUUUGAAUAGAAUGUCAGUAAGAAAAGACAAUUUCGGAAAUGUCACACAAUUCUUCUACAAUAAUCAAGACCGUCCAAAUGAAUUGUCACAAAUUUACUCGCCAAGGGAUGGAAAACUCCUCUCAUUAUUCUACGAUGACCGAGGUCAUUUGAUAUUUGUACAAACACCUAGAAAUAAGUAUUAUGUAGCUACUGAUCAUAGUGGCACUCCUGUGAUGGUCUUCAAUCAGUAUGGUGAGGGUAUUAGGGAGAUGAUGAGAUCACCAUUCGGUCAUAUUGUCUACGAUUCAAAUCCUUACUUGUAUUUACCAAUUGAUUUCUGUGGAGGAAUUUUGGAUCCGGUUACAUCCCUCGUUCACAUGCCAAACGGUAAAGUCUAUGAUCCACUAGUUGGUCUUUGGAUGACACCGCAAUGGGAAAAUACAUUUGAACGCAUUGAAACACCAACGCGACUUCAUCAAUAUCGUUUUAAUGGAAAUGAUCCAAUUAAUUACGGCAAGGAUCGUACACAACCAAAAGAUUUCGAGACAUGGUUUAAGCUCAUCGGGUAUAAUGUAAAGAACAUGGCACCACAAUUUAAUCGCAAAUUAUGGGAAACACAAAUGCCUUGGGGCAGUACUACAUUCUUUGAUAAUAAAAGAAAACAUCGUAAUCCACUAAUUGUAGCUUCAGGCUUCCUCUCGCAUUUAAUUGAACGACAAUUAUCGAGUACACUUGGAUCGCCUAAAAAAUCAGCUCUAAAGUAUGAGGAGACGACACUACCACCAUUUAAAAUUGGCGUAUCAUCAGAACCUCCAUUUGGUAAAGGAAUCGUAAUAACAAGAACAUUAGAAGGACAAGCAAUUGUUUCGAGUGUGCCAGCAGCUAAUGCCAUUUAUCGUGAUGUCUAUACAUCCGUAUUUAAUCGUACCAAAUUACUUCCAUUCUCCUUUAUUGUCCAUAAUGGACAACAAGAUGCAUUCUACUUUGUAAAGGAAGACUCAUGGCGAUCGAGUGAGGAUAGACAACAAUUGAAGCGACUACAAGGACAAGUAAAUACAACAUUCCAUGAUGUCAAUAAAGAGAAUUCAAGUGGAAAUAAUUAUUUGGAUGUAAAAAUUCAUGGUGUACAUGCAAUUAUCAAUUUACGUUAUGGUACGACAGCAGAGAAAGAGAGACAACGACUUUUGCAUCAUGCAAAGCUUCAAGCAGCCAGAAAAGCUUGGACACGCGAGAAGGAACUUAUCAGAACUGGCCUUACGACAUCCGUUGAGUGGGUACCGAGUGAGGUUGAAGAGAUUCUCAAACAGGGAUAUUCGAAUUUAUAUGAUUGUGAGUACAUUCAUGAUGUUAGCAUUUAUCCAGAAUUAGCUGAAGAUGCCUACAACAUACGAUUCGUUAAGAAGAAGGCGAGUCAGCGAUGA